UUUUUUUGUCAAACAACUCAUGUUGAGAUUGCAAGCAAAUAAACUAUUAUGGAAAGACUUGAUGAUCUCACCUCAUGAGUUACGACUCAACUCAUUACGAUGUGGACAGUCCUUUCGUUGGAAACAGAUCCAAGAUCAUUGGGUUUCUGUACUUCAUGGUCGACUUGUUGUUCUUAAAGAAACUCCUUCCACUAUCAUGUAUGGAUAUCAACAGGAACUGAAAGAUGACGCAAUACAAGACAUCAAAGACUAUUUUCAAUUAGAUCGAGUCUCACUUCAAGCCUGUUAUGAACGAUGGUCAGCCUUAGAUGCUAAUUUUGCAAAGAAAGCAGCUCAAUUUCAAGGCAUUCGUAUGCUUCGACAAGAUCCAUGGGAGAAUUUGAUUUCUUUUAUUUGUUCUAGUAACAACAAUAUCACUCGUAUUUCACUCAUGAUCGAUAAACUAUGCACUCGGUUUGGUAAACAGAUUGGUGAAUAUGAACAGCAGAUGUUUUAUGAGUUUCCUACACUGCAUGAACUUACGCUGGAUCCUCAGCUAGAAACCACCUUGAGACAAUUGGGAUUUGGGUAUCGAGCUAAAUAUAUUGCUAACACAGCCCAUAAGCUCAAGCAAGAUCACCCUGAUCUAGAAGAACAAUGGCUGUACACGUUGCGCCAAGUGCCUUAUGAAGAAGCAAAAGCAGUCUUGAUGGAAUUUCAAGGGGUUGGACCUAAGGUGGCUGAUUGUGUCUGUUUGAUGUCCUUGGAUCAUUCAGAAUCGAUUCCAGUAGAUACACAUGUAUGGCAAAUUGCCUUGAGAGAUUAUGGGUUCAAGAAUAAGGCCAAGACAUUAAAUCAAAAGCUUUAUGUUGAAGUAGGCAAUCAUUUCCGAGUCUUGUUUGGUGAUUAUAGUGGCUGGGCACAUUCAGUCUUGUUUACUGCUGAUUUAAAGAACCUUGAAAAGACAUUAAAAAGAGAGAUUUUAUUAAAAGAGGAAAUUAAAGUAGAAGUAAAGCGUAUAAAGAAAGAAGAUUAUAUUGUAUAAUAAUAAAGUGUACUUUUGUUGUUGUCGUUGUUGUUGUUGUUGGUAUAUUAAGAACGCUGUCGCGCAAGUUUACUUGUGCAGUAUCUUAAAAGUCCUUUCA